GAUGAUCACUUUGCAAUUCCUUCAUGUCCUAUAUUGAGCAAAACAGAAGGUAUAUAUAACACAAGCCAGUUAUGUUUUGCAAAAGCUUGUGAACUAGGAGGAAAUGUUAUACAACACCGACCAUGGACGGCGGGUCAUCAUUGCGGAAUUUACAAUUGUAGUUCCAAUGUGGACGGGACUGACUGGGACUUCAAAUGGACUCACGAUGAGAGCAUUUAUCCGCAGAUUUAUGCAAAGCCACAUCCUUAUUCCCAAAGGUGUCACAGUUCUUAUUUCAUGAGAAGAACAUGGCGAAUCGGUAUGACAUCAGUUGCCUCUCAGUGUCUCCCUAUCGCUACAAGACCUGUUGCUAAUUUGAGUGAAUGUAUGCAUGCUGCUUGUCAUGACAAGGCAAACGUGUUCAACUUUUACCCCAAUGAAGCACCACAUAGAUGUGAAACUAAGCACUGCAAAUGGAAUGUCAAUGCCAAUGAUUAUGAUUUCAAAUUCAGCAAUGUAGAAAACAGUGUGGUAUUGGUUUAUAGUUUAUCCCACUUAGCCACACAUUGCAACAGUACUCAGUUUAAAAGUGAACCAAUACAACUAUAUCCUAAGUGUAGAAGAGCAUCUGUCUGUGGACAGGGUAAUGUGGAAGAGUUCUGCAAAGGUGGCUCAAAUGUCAUCUCACAUCAUCCCAAAACUAACGAUUCUUUUGAUGCAUGGACAUGUUCCAGUAACCAUGAGGGAACAGAGUGGCAAUUACAUUAUAAAGAUAAUGACACAUGUUACAUUUCAGUAGAAUAUACAGAGUGGCUAAUUCUACCAUAUCCAGGAACUCCAGUCUGCCAUUCUUCCAUAUAUGCGAUAAAAAGACUCAGCAAUAGAUGUCGCAUGUCAACAUGCAUGAAGUCAAUUAUGAUCCACCAGGCAAGGGACUUGAGGCAAUGUAUGGUAUAUGCCUGUGAAUAUGAGGCUAAUGUCAUCAAUUACUACAGUAACAGUUCUGAAAACUCUGUGAUUUGUGAUCUUCGAUUUUGUAAUUCAUUUCAAGAUGGUGAAUAUGAGUUACAGUUGGAGCGAAGUUCACCUGGAUAUGAUAUUUAUGCCCUUGUUGUCCAGCCUGGAACUACAACAGAAACUGUCGUGGUUGAUGGAUCUACUCGUACUUGCAAUUAUGAUGCAGAAACUACAAAAUUGAGAACAACUGCUAUCAUUCUUGGGUCUGUUCUGUUCGUUGCAAUAAGUGUGAUAGUUGUUCUAUCAGUUAUGUACAGGAAGCAGCAAUUGCAGGUGUUGCAACAUGGAAAGGGAACCACUAUCUCACACAAUGCGGUAACUGAUAACAUUACAAUUGAAAAUACUGCCAACAUGUAUGAAGACAUACAUGACAGAACAGAUGCAAACAACACAAGAGACUCAGGAUAUGAAUGUAUUCAGAACCAACUACAAAAAUCAAAUACUGAAAUCUGUAAUGGUCCCUAUGAAGUCCCUAGCCCUAACAAACUCCAAAACUAAGGGAGUCUAAUGUGUAAAUGUAGAAAACAUUAAGUGGGGAAUUUCUGGUCAUUUAAAGGGCAAUUUAUAGGAAAAAUUUAGUUUCCAUAUUGCACAUUUCUAGCAGUUGUCAUCAUGGCAGAGUUCCGUCCACAUGUGUGUGACAGUUAUGUACAAAGAUAUAUAGAUAGGAUUCAUACAGUGGCUUAUAGGGAGGCUAGAGACUCUGGUGCGACCUUUAUCACUAAAAAUGGGUAGCAGACAAGGGGAACAGAUCACCAAACUGAGUCCAAAAAUGACCAGAAAUUUCGCUCUAAAUGACCCCAUACACACAUACUUUGAUACAUUGUAUCUUUUUUCAGGGACACCCCUGGAUUCUGAACUUUGCAAUCUUAUGUAACUUCCCAUAAAGAACAAAAUGAUAUAAAAUAACAUGAUAGGGUAGUAAUGCCAUAUGUAUGAGUUUAUGGGGGUGUAUACAUAUGAAAAACCCUGUAUAAUCACUGCUACCCACCUAAUUACACAGCUGAUCGUCGGUGUAUCAUGGCGGAACUUCCUCCGGGACUAGGUUUCGGCUUUACACCUACUUAUAAGUCACGUUGUGGAUAAUAAUUUGGCUCGAAGUU